AUGCGAGCGGCGCUCAGAGGAGGAUUGAGGAUUGUUCAGAACCUUAACAUUGAAUGUCUGGAGCUGGCACCACCAGUGACGACAUUGGAGCAAGGCAUCUCACGUCAACAUGACACACACAAAAAGGGCUUCUCAUGUGCUCAUGUUAAGGUUCGAAUCAGCACAAUACAUCCUUCCUCUCAUUAUUCUGUAGCAGCUUGUGCGGUUGCGGUGCACUCUUCACUUUCUGCAAUCGCUAUAGGUUUCGUCGAUGGGACCGUACUGCUCUACCAAGGCACUGUUAUUAAGGAUAAGGCUCUAACUUCACGGUGGCAGCGUAUUCGUGAUCCGCUGCCCCUCGAUGGAUCGGUGUCUGGCCUCGCUCUGGCGCAGUUGCCUGGAGAAAAAUUGGUUGUAUUUGUGAUCACCACAAAAGUGGUCAACUCAUAUGUCAUUGAGAACAAAGCUGUGAUAAAUUCGCUGAAACACGAUUCAAAUGGCACAUCCAAGGAUUGCUGGACGUUCGACGAGAGAACUGGCUCUCUCGUUGUAGCUAGUCGAGAUGCCGAUCAAUGUACUGAUGCUGAUGGGUACCGUGGACGGUGUCUCCAAUUGGGUAGAAGCCAUGAGAAGUUGCAGCUGAUUGCCUUGGGCGACCAUCUGGUGUUGGUUACGAAGCAGCACGCAUUAAUUCCAUCGAGGAUUGAUGAGUACAUGCUCAAUUGUAACCGUCUUACAACGUUGUUCACUGUUGACCAGUCGUUGAUGAUAUUGGGCAAAGAUGGAACACUAUCAAAACUUACAGAGAAAAGCCUCAAUGCAAAACUGGACAUUCUUUUCAAGAAGAACCUGUAUGAUGUAGCAAUUAUCUUAGCCAAGAACAACAAGGACGGUGCCGAGCACUUGAAGUCAAUUCACGCCAAAUAUGGCGACUAUCUCUACGGGAAAGCAGAUUUUGAUAGCGCAAUUCACGAGUAUAAAGAGACGAUCGGAAUGCUUGAGCCAUCUUACGUCAUUAAGCGAUACCUGGAAGGAUCCCGGCUGAGGCAGUUAUGUGUUUAUAUGGAAGCUCUUCAUGAGACAAAUCGUUAUAAUUUACAUCAUACAAGCAUUCUUCUACAUUGCUAUGCUCAACUGGAGGAACGUGAGAAAAUGAUGAAAUUCCUUGAAAAGAUUUCCAAGGAUGGCAGAACCGAUAUGGCCACGGUGUUCGAUGUACUCCGGUCAUUGAAACUGUCAGAAGAUGCUAGCCUUUUUGCUGUGAAACUCGGUAUGCACGAUUAUGCGUUAUCGAUGAUGGUGGAAGACCUCGGUAGACACGCGACUGCCAUUAAAUACAUUCUCAAAACGAUCUGCGCUGCGUCACACAAUGUCGACCCAACGCAGCUUCUCAAGGUGUUUGCCGGUGAUUUCCCGAAAGCUGCAGGUUUCAUUGAGUUCGCCCUCAAGAAGGUGUCGGGUCCAUCUCGUACUGUUCUGCUCGACGCAAUGCUGGAAUUGCGGCUGCGAGAUUACUCUGAAGGAAAAAUUGUGAGUCUUGUUGAGUCUCCCAUGCGUUUUACAGUUCUUCAA